UUUUUGCUUCCUAGGUUUUACUUAAAUCGAAUCUUUUGAGUUUCCUAUCAACUUUUCUUUUUUGCGUGUUGAUUGAAGGCAAUCAUCCAAACUGACAUAUUUUGGAAGUCUGUAUCUUUAUCGUCUAUUUCUGAAUUGCAAAAAGUCGUAAUGGCAGGGCAUGACAACUUGAAUGGGUCUACAGAAAAGUCGAGCAGUGGUAUGAUGGAUGAUUUGCCGACUUUCAAUGCUGAGAAUAUGCAAAACAACAUGAAAGUUAUUCUUUACAGCCGCACAUUCAUGGCAAUCAUUGGUGGUGUCAUUGCCGGCAUUCUGGGACUUACUAGCUUGACAGGAUUUAUCUUUUAUUUUCUUGUCAUGGCAAUAACUUCAGUAGCACUCACGGCGAAGGCGAAGUUUUCAAUCCACUCCUACUUUGACAGCUGGAACAAAAUUUUGCUUGAUGGACUUUUUGGCGGGCUUAUGUCAUUUGUGCUCUUCUGAACGUAUCCUUGUCUGUUAUAAUUUGCGUAUGACAUUGUGCAUAUAUUCUGAGGAUCCUGUGUGAGAUUAAGACCUUCACUAUCCUUGAUGCUGGAAGCUAGCUCACGCGCACAUCAAGAAGAUGUUAGACAUUUUCUGUACUGGAUAUUCAAAGUUUGCACUCAUGAUGUUUCUUUCUUUUAAGCUUGCUAGAAAGUAUUACUGCGGAACAAACCACUUGUUCAAAUUUUAGAAUUGGUUUUGUUAGGUGACUUAUAUUUGAGUACAAAAGCUUCAGUAAUUGUAUAAGCAGGUAGACAUUUCAAAUCACUGUUGAAUGAUAUAGAUGAGCUGGUAAUCUUAGCCAAAUCUAAUUAUUCAGGUUCAGAGUU